AUGAUGCAAUUCAAGGGUGUUUUCCAUUUUUUCCUCAUCUUCUUCAUUUCCCAUCUGGUUUUUGGUUCUACAACUCUAAAACAAAGAGAUGAAGAGCUUGAAGCUUUGCUUCAAUGGAAGUUUAGCCUUCAAAACAAUUCACAAGCUCUCCUUCCUUCAUGGAAACUACUCCCACUUCCAAAUACAAACUUAACAAAUCCUUGCAAUUGGGAAGGCAUCACUUGCAACAAUGCUCACAUUGUCAAUCAUAUCAUUCUCACAGACAUUGGUUUGAUAGGUACUCUCGACGACUUCGACUUCUCGUCGUUCCCCAAUCUCCUUACUCUCGAUCUCCACGGCAACCGCCUUUUCGGGACUGUCCCGCCUUCAAUCGGGAAGCUUCAUGAACUAACCAAGCUCAACCUCAGCAACAAUGGCUUAGAAGGAAGCAUACCGAAGGAGGUUGGCAAGCUGCUGAAGCUUACUUCAUUGAGCUUCUCACAAAAUCGUCUUUCGGGUUCGAUCCCAACAACGAUCCGAAACUUGAGGAGUCUUUCAGCUCUGAAUCUGGGAAGAAAUCAUCUUUCUGGCUCAAUCCCAUCUGAGCUAGGUGAAUUGGCUUCUCUUGUUGAUCUUCAAGUGCAUUUAAACAACCUGACCGGUUCGAUCCCGACGUCUUUAGGCGAUCUUUCCGGCCUAAAAGUUCUGUCCCUCUAUGGGAACCAGUUUUCAGGUGAGCUGCCCAAAGAGAUAAACAAACUCACCAAUUUGACACAUUUUUUCCUCUCAAACAACACCAUCUCUGGCUCUUUACCACAAACUCUGUGUCAUGGAGCCUUAUUGCAGUGCUUCUGUGCUAGUAACAACAACUUCACCGGCUCUGUCCCAAAGGGUCUCAAGAACUGCACCAGUCUAACACGACUUCGCCUCGAUCGGAACAGAUUUCAUGGAAACAUAUCCGAAGAUUUCGGUGUGUAUCCAAACUUGGAUUAUAUCGAUCUCAGUUACAAUGAUUUCUACGGCGAAGUUUCGUCGAAUUGGGCGAAAUGCCGACUUCUCACAAGCUUGAAGAUCUCCAACAACAAGAUUCAUGGAGAGAUUCCAACAAAACUUGGAGAAUCAAGUCUUUUACAUGUUCUUGACCUGUCUUCCAACAAUCUUUCAGGACAAAUUCCCAAAGAACUUGGAAAUUUAAAGUCCUUGAUCAACCUUACUUUGAGCAGCAACAAGCUUAAUGGCUAUAUGCCUCAAGAACUUGGAGCCUUACCUGAUCUAUCAUACAUUGACUUAGCUAACAACAAUCUAAGUGGGCCAAUACCAAAGCAAAUAGCUGAUCUUUCCAAGCUCUUCUACUUAAACUUAAGAAGCAACACCUUAGGAGAAAGCAUUCCUAUUGAGCUUGGCAAUCUAGCCAAUCUGCAGCUCUUGUUGGAUCUCAGUGACAACACAUUUUCCGGGGCAAUUCCGACACGACUUGCGAAUCUCGUGAAACUAGAAGUACUAAACCUCUCCCACAAUCAGCUAUCUGGGUCGAUCCCAACUUCUUUCGUUCAUAUGAAGAGCCUACGACUCGUCGACUUUUCAUCCAACGACUUGGAAGGUCCAAUUCCUGAGAGCAAGGCUUUCGAAGAGGCAUCGGCCGAGGCGUUCGAGAACAACAAAGAACUAUGUGGAAACCACACGAGCUUAAAGAGUUGUCCAAUUCAAGAGAAGGAUAAGAAGAAGGGAGCUAUUUCUUCACUUCUUUUGAUUGUAAUUCCUUCUUUUGGAGCUUUGUUCUUAGCAUUAUGUUUAGGCAUUACAUUUUUAAGUGUCUUGAAAGGGGAAGGAAGAACAAAGAAGGCAAAAGUUAGUGGAGAUUUGUUCUCAGUUUGGAGUUAUGAUAAAAAAUUGGUGUAUGAAGGCAUAAGAGAAGCAACUGAAGGCUUUGAUGAUAAGUAUUGCAUUGGCGUUGGCAGCCAUGGAAGUGUUUACAAGGCAAAGCUAUCAACAGGCCAAGUUGUGGCAGUCAAGAAGCUCCAUUCAAAGCAUGUCAAUACCAAUUUGGAAGAACAAAGAGUAUCAGAGAGAGAGAUAACUUUAAUGACAAAGAUCCGACACCGAAACAUCGUAAAGCUUUACGGGUUCUGUUUUCAUGAUGGACGGUCGCUCUUGGUCUACGAGUAUUUGGAAAGAGGAAACUUAGCUAAGAUCUUGAAGUGUGACGAGCUAGCAAAAGAAUUGAGUUGGAUGAGACGGAUCAAUAUUGUUAAAGGAGUUGCUAAUGCUCUAAACUAUAUGCAUCAGGAUUGCGUGCCUCCGAUCAUUCAUCGAGACAUUUCGAGUAAUAAUAUACUGUUGGAUGGAAACUAUGACGCUCAUGUUUCUGACUUUGGCACUGCUAGACUAAUGAACCUCGACUCAUCGACGUGGACUGUAACGGCUGGUACUUAUGGAUACAUCGCUCCAGAUCUUGCAUAUACGAUGAAGGUUACGGAAAAAUGUGAUGUGUAUAGCUUUGGAGUAGUAACAUUUGAAACAAUCAUGGGACAUCAUCCUGGUGAGCUUAUAUACACUCUUUCAACAACAUCAUCGACGAUGUGUUCGGAACCUUCGGACGUGGAACCAUUGGAGUUACGAGAUAUGAUGGACAAGCGUUUACCAGCUCCUACUGCUGAAGAGGCUGAGGAAAUACUCACAAUGGCUAAACUCGCGUUGGCUUGCAUUAAUGUCAAUCCUCAGUUUAGGCCAACGAUGAAAACGGUAGCUCAAGAUUUGUCGACUCCACGACGAGUGAUACUCGAGUCGUUUUGUAGUAUUACAUUGGGACGACUUGUGAACUUGGAUGAUGAACAGCUUCCUGUGCAAGAAGGCAACAACCUCCCUGAUUCACAGUGA